AUGUACCUGCAGACGGGGCUGCAGGCUCAGGCACACAAAGUGGACCAAGAACACUCGGAGUCCUAUUUCCUGUUGCAGAGUCAGCAGCUUGAUGCUCACUACAGGUUAGCCAUGGAGGAGACCGCCUUCCAUGCUGGGGAUGGAGAAUCCCGGGCCCCGAAUGUCCCUUUGGCCAUGUCCUCAUUGGAAGUCAUCACGCAGAUCUGGCCCUGGAGGAGGGCGAGCAACCUGGAUCCCCAAGGGAUUGGAAAAGUGACCUUGAUCCAGAAAGUCAAUGAGGUUUUACAGUCCUCUGGGGUGUCUGUGGAUGGAUUUUAUACAGAAGAAGUCAGGCAGGGAGGAAGAAGGACAGGAUUUGAUGUCAUCACGUUGUCCAGAGCUUGGGGCCCUCUGUCCAGAGUCGGGUCAGAGCCAAUGCCAGGGAAGUGUGAGUGCUGGGUGAGACAGUAUGUGGUUGAGACUUCUUUCGAGUAGUUGGCACUUCCCAUCGUGAGGAACUUGAGUGUGGGUUCCUGCGGAGGACUCAGACCCAGAGUGUGUGUCAUCAAUGAGAUCGGGAAGAUGGAGCUCUUCAGCCAGCCCUUCAUCCAAGCUGUGCGCCAGACUCUGUCCUCACCAGCGACCAUUGUCCUGGGCAUCAUCCCAGUCCCAAAAGGAAAGCCGCUGGUCCUGGUGGAGGAGAUCCGGGGCAGGCCUAAUGUGAAGGUGUUCGGUGUCACCAAGGAGAAGAGAAACCGCCUUCUACUGGAUGUCGUGGCCUGUGUGCAGAGCUGCGGGAAGUGA